GUCUGUCCGGUCUGCGUCGGCGCCGUGCUGCUGCCAGCCGAUCGAACUCGCAGCUCUUGCCGGUGGACAAUGACUCUGCUUGGCGCUGGCACCACAUUCACGCCGGACGAGGUGGUGUUCAUGGCCGAAAACGAGUCCGUGACGAUCGUGCCGUCCGUCCCGAUGCCCCAGCUCCAGCUCAUCAGCGGCUUCUACGGUCCCUUCCGGCCGCCGACCCAGGCCGAGGUUCCGCUAUGGCUCGCCAUCAGCCUGAAAAAAAAGGACAAGUGCAGCAUCCGGCCGCCGGCGUGGUUGGCUAUUGAACACCUGCAAAACAAGCUUGAGCAGGAGCGCAAUCACGACGAUUUCAGCGACCUGCCCUUUCAUCACUUGGAAAUGGCGCAUCUGCUGCUUGAAAGUGCCAGCGAUGACAUUGAGAAACCCGAUACGGUCCGCACACUGCUGAAGGACAUUCGCGAGGUUCGCCAGGGCAAGUCUCGCAAAGGUCUCAGCGAAUUGAACCCGCAGUACCUUCAAAUCAACAACUUGGGUCUGAUGGAAAUCAACGAAAUCCGCCCCUUCUUUGCGGGGGCGUUCAAUGUUGUGCGCAAGAUUGCUUCGACGACAUCCCACGCCGCUGCCUCACAAGUACUCUCCGGCGACACGCUAUCGUAGUCGGUGACGACCAUCGCCACGACCAUCGCCACGACCAUCGCCAACGCCAUCACUUCACCAACAGCAGCACCCACGCGCACGAGCA